AAAUAAUGUCAGAUGAUGAAGAUUAAGUCAUCAUAGUUGAAGAGGAUUCUCCAAAGGUGAAGAGUAAACCAAAUUCAACGAAAUAGUAUGAGAGAUAAUAGAAUAGAGUGGAUAAGGUUGUAAAUGGAAAUAACCCAUUAAUACAAUAAAUUACAAUAUGUGAAAAGGCUGUUCAAGAGAGAUUUCACAUUGAUUAGUUUAUAACAAGAUUUUCGAAGGAUCAAAAUAGUGUAAUAAGAAAAUAAUUUAAAUUUUAGGCCAUAUAAUAUUUGAUUGAUAAUUAGGUGAUUGAGAAUACAAAUGAGGACAUAGCGAAAGUGCUUAUGAAUACAAAGGGAUUGAAUAAGGAUUCAAUAAAUAAAUACUUUUGUAAACCAGAUCAAAAACAUUAGGAUGUAUUUGAAGCUUAUUGUCAGCAAUUUAAUCUGAAGGGUAAGAGCUAUUUGGAUGCAAUGAGAUUAUUAUUAUAGAGAUUUCGAUUAGCAGGAGAAGCACAAAUGGUCGAUAGAGUGGUCAAAGUAUUUGCAAAGGUUUAUCAUUAAUAAAAUCCUCAUGAAUUUAAGUCAGAUGAUAUCCCAUAUGUACUGGCUUACUCAUUCAUAAUGUUGUCUACUGAUGCUGCUUCGACUAAAAUUCUAGCAAAGAAUAAGAUGACCAAGGAACAAUUCCUAAAAAAUAAUAUACCAGUAUUUCCAGAUAUACCACCUAAAUAUUUUGAGGAGGUUUAUGAUUCCAUAACUAGGGAGCCAUUCCAAACUACACUUGAUUAUUUGGAAUAGAUGUACAACCGUAUGAUUUUAUGCAAUGAGAAAUUACAAGGAGAGUAGAUAACUAAAUGGUUGUAAGUAGCAUUUGAUCUAAUGAAAGGAUGCAAUUUGGUUAAAUAUGGAAGAUACAAUGGUGGAUAACCAAGAAAGUUCUUCUUAAGUAGUGAUGAAAAGUAAUUGAAAUCAUUAAAUUAGACGUAUAUGUUGGAGAUCCAUAAAUAAUGAUAAUGAACCUGCUAGAUAUAUUAAUAUGUAUGAUGUUCAUGACAUAGCAUUGGGACAAAAUACAACUGAGAUUAUGAUAAAGAAUAAUAUCCCCCCUGAAUUUGAUAUGUUUUGUUUUUCAAUCAUUACAAUACAUAGAUCAGUCGAUAUCAAGGUGAAUGAUUUGGAAAUUAAGUCAAAAUGGAUCAAUUACUUAAGAGCAGUCAUUAUUAAUCGUAGAGAGGUGGAAGCAAAGAGAGCAGAAGAGAAAUAAAGGAGAUAAGAGAAUGAGGAAAAGAGAUCAGAAAUCUGGAGAAAUGACAUCUUGCCUUUUUGGCGUUCUCAUUGGGAUUAUGAACCAAAUAAACCUUUGAAUUAUAAGAAAUAUAUUAGUGUCAAAAAGGAAGAAGCUGUUUAAAAAGCAUAGAAUCAAGCCAAUUCUGCUAGUGUUCUAGAGAGUUUAUGUCGUUGUCUUAAAAAAACUAUCUCAUUGAAUCCUAUCCAAAAUAGAUAGCAAAUAUAAAAUUAACAAUACAGCAAUCAAUCAGAAAUCAACAAUGGUAGCAAUAUUCAAUAGGAAAUGAUCGUCUAAGGAAAGAAAAAUAAGUCAAUGUUACUCAUGAUCCUAUGGAAACUCGGAUUACCUGAUUUUGCAAGGAGAACCCUAUGGCCUAUUAUUAUCGGCAAUAACCUAAAGAUCAGAGAAGAACUCUAUGCCAUAUUUGUUCAUAAAACUACGAGUAUUUAAGAAGGUAUUGCAAUCAUCAAAUUUUAGCUAUUAGAGAAGAUAUUCUAAGGGCAAAACAAUAAUAUCCAUUCAUAACAGAUGUCAAAGCUAAGGAAUUAUCAAAUAUCUUACAUGCCUUUAGUAAUUAUAGACCAGAUUUUGGAUACAUACCAGAUUUAAUUGAUAUUGCAGUAGUUCUUAUCAAACAUCUGCAAGAAUACGAUUGUUUCUAGGCCUUGGUCAAUCUUCUCCAUUAAUAUCAUUUCCUGAGUGUUUUUCAAAAUGAUACUAGACAGAUCGAAUGGAGAAUCCGAUUUUUUGAAGAGAAUGCGCAAAGAAUUCUACCUUUUGUGCACAACCAUCUUAAGGCCAUUAAAUUAGAAACUAAACUCUAUUUGAUGAAAUGGUUCUUGAAAAUAUUCUUGCAUCAAUUUAAAUUUCCUAUGCUCUCAAGAUUGUGGGAUAAUUUCCUUUUGGAAGGAGAAAUCUACUUAUUCAAAGUUGGAAUUUGUUAUUUGAAAUAUUUCUAAAUAGAAUUGAAAGUAAGUUAUCUAAAUUAGUAAUUAGAUGAGUAAUCUCGAUGAGGUUGUGCGUAUUCUAACGAAUUGGUAACCAGAAGUGAAUGAGGACUACUUUUUUAUAUAGAUUGAUGAGAUUCCCAUUAAGGAUGAUGAUUAUACUAAGUUUUUGGAAUAACAAAAGGCAGCAGUGUUAAAUACACAAAUUCAUUAAACAUUAAUUGAGUCUUGAUAUUAAUU